AAGCUGGCAACGGCCUCCGAGUUAAUGGGAACAUUUACUGACACGCAAAGGAGGAGGCUGAAGAGCUCCGCUGGAAUUCGUCCACACUCCCUUGACUUCGGUGCUUGCUAACUAAAGCCAACGGAAACCUCGGCUCUUCGUUUACUCUGGGCUAUUGGAAAGGAAGUAUCCCCUCCCCGAGGUACAAAACCCCUAAAUAACGGAAGGAGCGCCCAACUCUCCCACCCACUAUUCUAGUACUGGGUGCAACGACAGUUUCUCCCUGCCUUUGGACAGCAGCUGUUGCUGUGCAGAUGGCGAGGCGCCGCGUCCUGCUGCUUUUCCUCGCCUUCUUGGGCUCGCUUUAUUAUCAUAAAGCUUAUGGAAUUGAUGUCUACACUGAAAAAGAGUAUGUCACAGCAAGAGAAUUUGAAGAGGCAAUUUUAAGCUGUAUACACAAAGCAAAGAAGGUAACCAAUCUAAGAAUAGAAUGGAAGAAAGUUAGAUCAUCAGGUGUUUCGUUUGUUUACUACAAUCGUACCUUUGUAGGUAAUUUUUCAGGUCGAGCUGAAAUGUGGAAUUCAAGCAUUCGACUUAGAAAUGUGACUAGACAUGAUGCUGGGAGAUACCGCUGUGAAAUCAGUGCAGCCACAGAACAAGGGCAAGAUGCAGCAGAGACUGAAGUUUCUCUUUCAGUGCUGGUCCCACCAGCUCUUCCUGUUUGUGCCGUGCCAAGCUCAGCUAUGGGUGGAACAGUCAUUGAACUACGAUGUAAGGAAAAUGAAGGCAUUCCUGCUUCUAAAUACAAAUGGUAUAGAAAUGGCAUUGCUUUGCUAGAGAAACCAGACUCAAGAAGGGGUAAAAAAGGGAGGAUUUCUUACACCAUGAAUACCAUGACUGGAACCCUGCUGUUCAAUCCUGUUUCAAAUAAUGACACUGGAGAAUAUUACUGUGAAGCUGAUAAUGGAAUUGGACCAUCUCGGAAAUGCCCUGUGAAGCGAAUGCAAGUUGAUGACCUUAAUGUUGGUGGCAUUAUAGCUGCUGUGGUAAUUGUGUCUCUAAUAAUAGCCUCCUGUGGUCUUGGAGUAUAUUAUGCACAAACAAAAGGCUACUUUUCAAAAAGAAAUUCUUCAAUGUAAGUACUGUUAUUUUUCCUCUUUAUUUUUGGCAGCUGAUCAUUUAAGUAGUUAUAGACAAAAACACUUUAACUUAUUGAGAACACAGCUUGAACUGUUUUUAUAACAGCAUCAGAAAAGCAGUGUUGCAUGACAAGAUGAUUUUUGCCCCCAGCAAACUCCCAUUCCCUAAUGUCCCUUAUGCUAGCAGAGUGUAAUUCUUGUAUCUUUGGAGCUUGUGAAUGACAAGAUUUUCAAUUUGUGUAAUUUAUGGCCCAUCAAAAUUCCUUUUCAUUUUACCAAUUUAGAACACUCAUGAGGUGGGAUCCUAAAGUUUUCAUCUGCUAAGUGAGGAAUCUUCCAUGAAGAGAAAGUCAUGUAAACAGAAAAAUUCCUUAUUUGGCAGAAGGGAGCCUUAUGACACAAGCCAUUAUUUUCCGGCAUGCCAGUUGCUUCAGUGUAGUCUAUU